GCCGCCGUGGAUGAUGCUGCCUGUGAGAACGAUGCCGACGUUUUUAUAUGCCAUGUUGUUAGUGUACUUUUUACUAUCCAUCGGAGCGCAGCUUUUUUCCUGCCUUUUUGUUUUGUUUUUUGCCGCGCGUCCUCGGCCGCAACUCCUCCGACGCUAGUGUGCAGUUUAUUUUUUUUUUUACCAUUUUAUAUUUUUUAUUAUUUUCGUUUUUUAUUUUUUUCGUAAUACUCCACGCGCCCAACAACACACGCGAAUAGUCGCGCUCUUAUUUCCCGAGUUGAUUAAAAAUUUUUCGUGUGGCGAAAAGUGCGCGUCAGGAUCCGCCAACCUGGAGUCGCGACUGGAUUACCGCUCGGGCGGAUUGGACUUCCACAAUCCCCCGAUGCUGCUGGAGAACAACUCGAACUUCAGCCACCACCUGCAGCGGUCGUUCGACACGUUGCGCUCGCUGGGCGACCGGCUGGGCUACGAAAGGGGCGGCCAGAUGGGCAACGGGCUCGAGCUGAACCUCAGCCUGAAUCCGGACCGGCUGUUGCAGGAGAGGAUGCAACAGGAGCGCAGCCUGGAACGCCUGUUGAACGAGCGCUCCAUGCAGGAGCAACGCAUGAACUUGGACCACACGCUGAGCAUAGAGCGGUUGAACUUGGAGCGCAGCCUUACGCAGAACCUGGAUAGGAAUUUGAACGUCGGCGUCCAGAAUGCGGAGACCAGGAGCUACGGGGAGCGACCGCCGCUGAUGAACGACAGGGCGCUGAUGGACAGGAAUCUCAAUUCUUUAGACAGGAAUUUGAACAACGAAAGAAUGGGGUACACUAACGAUAGAUUGACGGAUAGACUGAGGCUUGACGGCAGUGAUAUGAGACAUAGUGAUAUUAACAGGGACCUGAACGAUUUGAAAUAUAGGGAGUACAAAACGCACUUGGAGAACUUGAGAUCGGAAAGUUCAAGGUCGUUGGAAAGGGGGAACGACGAGGAUCGGGGGGAAACGACGCCCUCCACCCCGCCCACCCCCAUAUCCGUCGGCGAAAACUUUCAAGAAGAGAAGGUAUUCGGCUCAAAAGCGGAACUCCAAUUGCACACGCAGGCGCACAUGCGCGAAGCCAAACCGUACAAGUGUUCGCAAUGUUGUAAAGCGUUCGCCAACAGUUCCUACCUGUCCCAACACACUAGGAUACAUUUAGGUAUAAAGCCGUACAGGUGCGAGAUAUGCCAAAGGAAGUUCACGCAGCUCAGCCAUUUACAACAACACAUUCGUACGCACACGGGGGAUAAACCUUACAAAUGCCGACAUCCCGGUUGCCAAAAGGCCUUCUCACAAUUGAGCAAUCUGCAAUCGCAUUCGCGCUGCCACCAAACGGACAAACCGUACAAGUGCAACUCGUGCUACAAGUGCUUCAGCGACGAGCCCUCAUUGCUCGAGCACAUCCCCAAGCACAAGGAGAGCAAACACCUCAAGACGCACAUCUGCCAGUACUGCGGCAAGAGCUACACGCAGGAGACCUACUUGAGCAAGCACAUGCAGAAACACGCCGAGCGGACGGAUAAAAGGCCGCCCAUCGGGCCCAGUUUAGAAUUCUUCCCGGGUUUGAACCACCGAGGCAUCGACCACCCGUACUGGCCGAAGGUGAGUCCCGACAGCGCCGAGAACAUCCACGAGUACCCCAACGACAUUCCGCGCCAGAUCCUCGAGCAGAACGAGGACCUGGUGAUCAUCAGACAGCAGCUGGGCCAGAACCCGCCGGCGCCGCCGGGCACCCCGAACGCCAACUUGGCCAACACCUACGACACGUCCAUAUCGAAGUCGAACGCCAAUUCGGCGUUCACGCCGAUCAACUCGAUGUCGGGCCACCUGAAUUUGAACCACCACCAAUUGGCGCCCAACAGGCCGUACAUCUACGAUGCGCUCAGCUUCCAGAAGCAGAACAGCCUGGAUAUACCGAAGAGCCAGCCGUCGAACGGGUUCCCCAAUCAGCUGAUCAGCCUGCACCAGAUAAGGAAUUACGCGCACCAGCCGAACUCCUCGCUGAUGGAGCAUUCCAUACUGGGCUUGGGGAAGGACAAGUAAAGGUAAUAAUCGGUUGCUCGGAAUAUUCACGGACGUUUGUGAUCAGUGCUGGCUCGUGAUCUCGUACUAUAUAUUAUUAUUAUUUUUUUUAAUAUUAAGCUAGCGUUGGGAUUAGAUUCGAUUAGAUUUUUUCGAACGGGUUGAUGGGUUGAAAAAUGUUGUUUUUGGGUGGCAGUGAUUUUGGUGUUUGGCGGUAAUUCGCUUUUUGAGUUGUUUUUGUUCAAUUACACCGAAAAAAUUGCGGUUUUUUUUUUGUUGUUAAAGACUUUGUCGUCGCUUUCACUUUAAGUGAGUUUUAAUCAAUUUUUUGCAGGCUGUUUUGAUAAAGAGUUUUUUUUUUCUCUAAAUAAAUUACUUUCUUGCAUAUUUCGAUAUGGAAUAAUUGGCGAUUUUGUGUGCGUAAUUGAGCAAAAAUUUUCGGAUUAUAUUUUAUCUGAAUACGAAUUUAUCUGUUUUUGUUUUCGAAGAACUUUCGUUUUUUAUGGAAUAACAAAAAAAAUUCGAUUAAACUUUUCGUUUUUUUUUCAUUUUGCAAUUGCUGCUCCCAAAAACCUAAAUUCUCGCGUUUAUAACAGUACAAGGUAUUUUUUUCUGGCGCUGUUUUCGAGACAAAAAUUCCUCUAAAUAGCUCAAAGUUGUAUAGAUAAAAUUACAAAGACAUUGUGAAUUUGUAAACUAAUAAGUUUGUACAGAAGAAGACGUAGUUAAUUAUUUUUUGUGGACCAGAAUUCGACGUUUUUUUAUAGGAAUAUUUUUUAUUUAAUUUUUACAAAGUUAACUUUAUACAUUUAGUUUGAAUUUUCGUCCUCAAAAAUCAUAAAAAAUAGCUCAAUAUAUUCUAUUUAUAAAAAGUACUUUUUAUUUUAUUUUUUUUAGUUGGGAAAUUGACUUUUCGAAUUUAUAUUUAAUUUUUCCAUUCUAAUUUUUCGGGGAACAGAAAUAUUGUUUGAAUUUAAAAAGAGAGUUAUUUAUUAAGUUUUGGUGCAAAUAUAGUAUUAAAAUGAGUCGCGUUAAAAUUGAAACACUUGUAAAACUUUAAUGCAAUUCAUUAGAUUUAUAAGUAUUAGAAAAAAUUAUUGAGUUUGCUCAUUUUUUAUGUACCUGGUGCGUUACUCGGAAUGUUUUUACAAUGUUGCAGUUUUUCUAAAAAUAACGUUGAUUUCGGAAAUUUAUCAAAAAAAGUACAUUUGACCUGAUUUUUAGAACUCGACAAAGUUUAUAAACUUUUAUUUUACCAGUACUUUUAUCUCAUAAAAAAGCUAAAACUGCAACAAUCGUGAGUGAAUAAUUCUUGGAGGGACGGACUUGGUACAAGUUGAAAUAUUAUAAAAUUGUAUACGGAUUAUAUUACGUCAAAAAUUCCGACAUUUUUGUAAAUAUUUCGUUGCGUACUUGCGUUAUGUUAACGUUAUAGCGACAAUUUUGUUAAUUUUAAGUUUCAAAUCGAGCUUUAAAUUACUACCUAGAGUUGAAUUUUUUUCCAUAAAUUGUUAACGUAUUCUAAUAUGUUGGAGCAGAGUGUUUAACGAGUACAAUCAUCGGGAAAAUCGGAAUUGUUUGAUGAACGUGCGUUGAAUAUCUAAAAUUUAUUUUUGUUUUUUUUUGUUUUUCGUUGUUGUUCAUGCCGGGUAAUUAAUGUUAUAAUUUAACUGAAAGUUUAACAAGAAAUUAUAAUUUUUAUGUAAAAUUUUUGAACUUGAACUUUCACCGUCUUUAUGCUAUUCUCUCCUUAAACUUGUGUGAUUAAACUUUGUUAAAUAUCCACGAAAAUUGCAAAAACUAUGCACGACACAACGAUAAGUGUUGCACGAUAAGAGGUGCAAAUUGUUUAAAGUUAAAAAUCUGUUAAAAAAAAUUGAUGAAUUAAUAAUUAUCAUAAAAAAUGUCACACGUGCGUUGCGAAUUGUUUUUUUACCAUAGUAAAACUUGUUUGAUUAAUGUAAUGUACUUGCGAAACACUUUGAAUGUUUUGUACGAUACUAUUUCAAAAAGCUUUUUGGCUUGUGAUGAUAAAUGUAUUUAUAAAAAAGAAGGUUUUUGUUACACUCUUUAUUAAUAAAAAGUACUAUUCAUUUAUUUUUUCUUUGGUUUUAUUUUAUUUUUCCUUUUUUUUGGUCUUGUUGAAACGCUUGGGAAAUAAAAUUGUCAAGUGUGUAACAAGAAAAUCAAUAAAUUAUCACACCCUCUGUUCAUGAGUUUUCAAAUUUUCAUAAGUACAAAAUAUCUUGAGAAUUUCGAAAAAAGUUCACGAAAACAUUUUGAGCAGAGGGAGUGUUGUAUUAUCGUAAUUGAACUUUUGAAACUGUACAAUUUUGGAUUGCAAUCAUACUUUCACACAGCUAUAAAUUUCUUUAAUGGAAUUUUCUUUAAUAAAUGUGACCAAAUCUUGUUGCUAAAUAAAAAUAUUGUACAUAGGUAUAGUUUUCCUUGUUUGCGCUAUUUUUUUUAAUUAGCGUAAAAUGUCCUAUCGAGUUUAUUCUUCCAUUUUUUUGGGAAAAUGUAAAAAAAACCGACGGUUGUUGCUUUUGCGUUCAAACUUAUUUCGGUUUAAUAUGAAUCUGUGAUAUUUUUUCGUACUGAAAGGUUAAAAACUAAGAGGUAGUCAAUUUGUACAUAAAGAAACGGAUUCUUAAUAAAAAAACUGAGAAAAGAUUAAUUCAAAAAAAAAUUGAGAAUAUAAAAUCCAAAUAUUUGACCCUCGUGGAAACUAUAACUAUAUAAAAUUGGAUGUAAAAAUAUUGUAACAUAUAUACAUAAAUAUAAUAUGUGGUAAAUGUACGACACCUUUUCCUUCUUGUUGAAUUUUUACCAAACACAACGAAACUAUCAUUCCAUUUUAUUAUCAUUUUCACUCUAAGGUGAAGAAUUCUAGACAUUUUCAGCACAUUAUAGAAUGUAAUUUUCAAGUUGUCGGUGUCCUUAAGAUUUCAUGUUAUAGUAUGUUCAUUAAAUGUAAAAAAAUAAAUUAUUUAAACUGUA